AUGCCCCUUCCUAACCAUUCCAUUAAAGUAAGGCUGGGAGGAGAAAUUCUUCCUUCAUUCUCAGAUGUACCUUCUUGUUCCACAGAUAAGGUCAAGUGCUUCUCAGACUACCCAGCCCUGUGGAUCCCCAGGAGCCACAUGGAGAGUUUGAGGAUGGGAGUGAGCAGAAUUCUGCACUUGCCAGGGAGGGAACAGUUGUUGGCUGGGUUGGCCUUUGCCUGGGGAGAGAUGCCUAAAGCAAAUUACAGGUUGGAAAUCAGAAUAUUUCAAACAAGGGUGAAAAGGUUGGAGCAGUGAGUCUGCUACAUAAUGAAGUCAGUGAUAACAUCCAGGCUGGGCCAGGAGAGUGUCCACGGAUGUGGGCCCACAUCCGUUCAGAUUCAAGGCCCCCAUCGCCAAUGUCCACUAACGCACUGCCGAGGGAGCCGAGAGGAGGACCCCGGGUGCGCCCGGCCAGACGGAGUAUGGGCCGGUCUCCUGGUCGGCCCGGCUGGCUGGGGUGACAGCACCCUCAUUCUCUCACCCGUGUGCCGCCUAACCCCAUGGCUGCUGUCCCUUCGGGGGGAGCUGGGAGCUUUUCUUCAAGAAGCUGGCCUGGUGGGAUUCUAGCUGGGCAUCGAUACCACCCCCAUUACCGUCCAAGGCCCAAGGCAAGACCUGCUUCAGAGGCGGGGGGUGCUGAACCCCUCCAAGGAGCUCCUGCCAGUCCGGCUGGUGAACAGCUCUUAGGCCUGUUCUUUAGAAGCUGCUUGCCUACUGGGGUCAUCCCAGCCAGAGUCGGAGGUCUUGCUUCACAUCCCAAAGCAGAGACUGGGUCUGGUCAAAAAAAGGCUCCCACCCGCACCUGCACAGGGACCCGAAACAGGGACCUUAACUGCCGUGCUGAGGACUGCUCCGUCUCCACCGUUCCCAGGAGAGGAGACCAUUCCUGCAGGAAUUCCAUCUGCUGUCUCUCCCCAGUUCCAAUCUGCAGGAUCAGCUGCCGCGGAUGGCCUCUGGGAAGGGCUUUAUGUCUCCUCUCCUCGGCUGCCUCUCUGGGCGUCCGAACAGUCCGAAGUGUUCCUGGUCUCAAGGCCAUCUGUCACCCUGAGUCUGGGAGCUCUAAGGCCUGAGCAGGGCCCUGCCCAGCCACCCGGAGGGCUCCUCCUGCCGGGAAUGUUGUCAGGGGACGUGGCUGCCAACUAGCCCAGGCGAGGAGGACCUGGCCGCGCUGGCCAGGAGGUCUGGCCUUUGACGAGGCUCUCGAUGACCAGCGUGGAUGAAGAGGCACUGGCUUCCUGAUGUUCCCCCCACCCCGACCCCCAGAUAGCCCCAGGAAACAUCCUCCAUAAUGGAGGCCUCAGGACCAUCAGGGAGGAGGGUAAGGGGCACCUAGACCUGCCAUCCCGACCAAGUCAGGACACGGCGGGGCCAGGACUCAUCCUCCUGCUGGGAAUGGAUAUGUCGCAGUCACUGCUGCCGUCAGCCCUUCUAAGGUGUGGUGGCAGCAGCUAGGCCCAGCACCCGCCUGAGCCCUCGGGGAGGCACAGGGUAGGCCCAGCAACGGCCAGUCGCAGGCAGCCCCUGACGGCUCUUCUGGAGAGUUCACUGGCCUGCACCUCUAAGGAGCCUGCGGCUUCAUCGGAGGGCGGGUAAGAGAGAGCCUGAGGCCUCGAGUCAGCCUGGCCAGUGGAGCAGGCUGAGUGGGGGGCCGCGAACAUGUCCAGCAAAUUCAGAGCCUCAGGCAGCGAGCGGCAAGGCUACGCGGAUCUGGGCACGUGGCCCAGCUCGGCGGACGGCGCAGCUGCAAGCAACCACUUUACUCCUCUCCCCUUGCUCCACUCCACACUGACUCAAACCCGGGACAAGCUGCGUUUCAUGAGAAAUGGGGGCCGCCAGAGACACAGGCCCAGCCACUGGGGGGACAAGAUGGGACGAUAUGGACAGAUUGUCACUCCCCAGCAGCUGGCCAGAGUUCACCCUUAUCUUGCCCCAAAGUCCGUGGUUCGCUUCAGGCUAGAGCCGGGAAGAUCCGGGGUCCUUCUCGUGAACCCCGCGGCUGGAGAAGGGUCGGCCCUGGACCUCGCGAGUUCCUUCGCUCCGCAGCCGGGUCCUGAGAGCGGGGGCUGCAAUGUGGAGAGCGGGCGGCAGGGGGCAGCAUAA